AACCCAGAACAAGAGAUGAGCUUUACCAUCAUCGGUGAACAUUUCAUUGAUGAUGAAGUUGACAAAUUACUAAUGUUCAUUACUGGAAUAGGAGGGUCUGGCAAAAGUCAUAUUAUUUGUGCUACGGUUGAAUUGUUUAAGAGAUGUGGUGCACCUGAAAAAUUGACACUCAGUGCACCAACAGGAAGUGCUGCAGUAUUGAUCAAUGGAUAUACCAUUCAUGCCCUGACAUUUUUGCCGAAG